CUCCCCCCUCCUCUGCCGUGACGCUGUAGCAGCCGAGCCGCUGCCGGUCCGCUCCCUGCACUCCAUCCCGACUGACUGCGUGCCGCACACCGCCUUUAAACGGGGGAGAAACAGCAGAGGCAGAGAGGGCACGGGAGCGACUCCGCACCUGGACUGCACCUGGUCCGUGGAUUUAAGGAGAGGAAAAGGAACACAGAGAGAGAGAGAGAGUUGCUGAAGCCGUCUCUGCUGCGACAGGGAGCGCCUCCAGACUGCUGUCCAGUUUUAACAAGGUCAGAGGUCAGUGAAGGCUGUGGUACCAGUGGACAGAGAUGAUGUCCAUGCAAAUGAGUGAGGCAGACAGCGUGGUGAAGGUGGCAGAGUGGCAGCAGACCUACUAUGCCUCAGACUCUGGGAUCCAGUCAGGAGCCACCACAGUGCGGGACGACGAAUCUAGCACAGAGUACAGCGGCGGCAAGAAGUACACGGGCAGCACUACAACCAGCUCCGCUCCCGCGACAGCCACGGCGGGGGGAGGCGGAGACACGGCAGCCGGAGGCCUAGAGAGCCCCACAGAUUUAGAAGCCCAGUACUCCCUAACCCGGGCUCAGCGGGUCAGGGCCGCCAUGUUCCCAGAGACCCUGGUGGAGGGGGAGGCAGCCAUGCCUGUCCAGCCGGAUCCUUCGCAGCAAAGCAACGUGCAGCGGCUGGCCGAGCCCUCUCAGCUGCUGAAGACGGCCAUCGUCCACCUGAUAAACUACCAGGAUGACGCCGAGCUGGCCACCAGGGCGGUGCCAGAGCUCACCAAACUGCUGGCAGACGAGGAUCCGGUCGUGGUGAACAAGGCUGCGUUGAUUGUCAACCAGCUGACACGCAAGGAGGCCAGUCGCCGGGUGCUGGUGCAGUCUCCAGCCAUGGUUGGCGCCGUGGUGCGUGCCAUGACGACAGCGGUCGACAUGGAGACAGCCCGUUGCGCCGCCAGCGUGCUCCAUAGCCUGUCACACCAGAGAGAGGGACUGCUGGCCAUAUUCAAGUCUGGAGGGAUACCAGCGCUGGUCCGCAUGCUAAGUUCACCUGUGGAAUCGGUCUUAUUUUACGCCAUCACCACCCUCCACAACCUGCUGCUGCAUCAAGAAGGAGCCAAGAUGGCUGUGCGCCUUGCUGACGGCCUGCAAAGGAUGGUUCCCUUGCUGAAAAAGAGCAACCCCAAGUUCCUGGCCAUUACCACAGACUGUCUGCAGCUCCUGUCAUAUGGAAACCAGGAGAGUAAGUUGAUCAUUCUUGCCAAUGGGGGUCCAGAGGGCCUGGUGUUCAUCAUGAGGAACUACAACUACGAGAAGCUGCUUUGGACCACCAGCCGGGUUCUCAAAGUGCUGUCCGUCUGUCCCAGCAACAAGCCGGCAAUAGUAGAAGCUGGGGGCAUGCAGGCCCUGGGCCAGCACCUUACAGGUUCCAGCCAGCGUCUGAUCCAGAACUGCCUGUGGACACUCCGCAAUCUUUCGGAUGCUGCGACCAAACAGGAGGGUUUAGACGGCCUUCUGCAGAUACUGGUAACCCAGCUGGGCUCGGACGAUGUCAACAUGCUGACCUGCGCCACGGGCAUCCUGUCCAACCUCACCUGUAAUAACUCCCGCAACAAGACCCUGGUGACUCAGUACGGCGGGGUGGAGGCGUUGAUCCAUGCAGUGCUUCGGGCCGGGGAGAAGGAGGACGUUGCUGAGCCGGCGGUCUGCGCCCUGCGCCACCUCACCUCCCGCCACCAGGACGCCGAGCUGGCCCAGAACGCCGUGCGGCUGCACUACGGCAUCCCCGCCGUCGUCAAGCUGCUCGGACAGCCCCACUACUGGCCUGUGGUAAAGGCCACAGUUGGUCUCAUCCGGAACCUGGCUCUGUGCCCGGCCAACCAGGCACCUCUGAGGGAGGCAGGUGCCAUUCCACGAUUGGUCAACCUGUUACUGAAGGCUCAUCAGGACACACAGAGACACGCCUCUUCUGCACAACAGACUUACCAGGACGGCGUUCGCAUGGAGGAAAUUGUAGAGGGCUGCACAGGAGCACUUCACAUUCUGGCCAGAGACCCCAUAAACAGAGGAGAGAUCGCCAGCAUGCAGACCAUACCACUGUUUGUUCAGCUGCUCUACUCGUAUGUGGAAAAUGUGAAGCGAGUGUCGGCGGGCGUCCUGUGUGAACUGGCCUUGGACAAACAAUCUGCAGAGCUCAUCGACGCAGAGGGAGCAUCAGCGCCGCUCAUGGAGCUGCUGCACUCCAACAACGAGGGAAUCGCCACCUACGCUGCGGCAGUGCUGUUCCGAAUUUCGGAAGACAAGAGUUCAGACUACAGGAAGAGAGUGUCGGUGGAGCUCACACACUCGCUAUUCAAACACGACCCUGGCGCCUGGGAAAUGGCCCAUACUGCGGUUCCCUUGGAGCCUACUUACCUAGCCGAUGAGUUGGAUGGCUCUUACCCUCCCUAUGGAUACGCUGAUUUGUCUCUGGACACGAUGCCGCUAGACCCCGACCUCCACGAGCCCUACAUCCCCGAGAUGACCUACGACCCAAGACAGGCCUACCCUGAGCCGCUCUAACAGGAGAAAAAAAAAUCCAGAAACAUUGAAACAGAGCACAAGAAAAUCACAGGAAGAAAGACUAGAGGGUGAAGGAGACUGGAGGUUUUUAUCACAAAGGGAAUCAACCCUGUGUAAACGGAGUGUGUGUGGGGGUGGGAGGGGAAAAUAAUCCCGCUUUGCAAUCAAGAACUGUCAAAAGAGAUUGCUUAUUAAAAGAGGUAUAUUGUUGAUGUAAAUGAAAAAUGUAACUUUGUUAUAAUGUUUUACUGUGGGGUGAAAGUGGGGCGCGUCAGAGGCAUCGUUACACGGGUAACUUUUUGAAGCAAUCAAAUUAGGUCAGAAGGCCUCACGCCGGCGGGUGAGGUGUGCCGGAACGAGCACCUUAUCUGUAAAGACGUAGAAACUGAGUUAGACCAUUCGAAUUAGAUGAGAUGUUACGGCGUCAGCGCUAAAACCGCCGAUGACGACGUUGGCGCCUGUCCAUUCGUUUCAACUUGUUUUCUCGAGAUGUAUUUUCAUGGCCCCCAUUUUAACCGAUUUCAUUCCAGACGCGACAAAAGCAGCGACAACGACAACUCUCCCGCAGAACUAGAACGUCUCCCGUAUUACUGUCGAGCACCAUUGCUACCAAAUGCUACCCGUGUAUCCCAGCCUUAAGCUGCUGUCUUAUAGAUGUCUCCUCUGUGUAUUUGAACAGUGCACAAGUCCCAGGGUGUCCAUGUGUGGUCGUUGCAUGGUAGUUUAUUGUGUACUCAUUGAAAUAGUCUUCACCUUUACAUACUGAGAAAAAUAAAUAAAUAAAAACGACAACUUGGGUUUUGCAAGCCGUUCUGGAUUACGCUAGUGGACAACUGGAUUACAAAAUCCCGCCACGUCCCCGGCCCUCGCUUUCACAGAGUGGAUAUCGUGUUGAAUUGCCCGCAGGGAAUGGAUUGUAAAUCUCGUUCAGCAUCAGUCUACAAAAAAAAACAAAAAAAAAACACCUUCGCCCAGAGGUACCCAUUUAGACCAGAAUAUCUUCAGCUGAAACAGACUUACUUCAGCUCUCGGAUCAGGUACACACCGUCACGGGCGCCGCUAAGUGCAGAUCCGCAGAAAUUAACAGUGCUUUUAUUGUGCGUCGACAAAAUAACAAACGACUUUUGUACUAGGGGUUUGCCGAUCACUUCAGUAUUAAAUUUGUCAGUAAGUGUAUGUCAGUAUCGAUAUAGGGGCUGGGGGGCGGCUGCAAGCUCUAAUACAUACUGUAUUUUCCUGCUGCUCACAGCAUGUAUUAAAGAUUCAGUCUGUGAUUAGUGUCAGCACCAUUUCUAUCUAACAACUACGUCAUAGUCGGGGUGCACGUGAUCUGCAUUUAAGUGCAGCUGCAGUCGGAAUGCGGGCAUCGCGGACAGUCGAGGCUCGACGGCUUCCGGGCUCCAGGGGGAACGUGUGCUUAUUGGUCCAGGGUUCCUGAACUCAACCAGCAGCCCACGGUGUUAAGAAAGCACAAACGAACUAACAGUGACUUUGCUGAAUCAGUAGCUGGCGCUAUGUGCUACAGGUAGAUUGUUCCUAAAUCUUGCCAUUAACAUCAUUAAAUUUUGUUAUUUUCAA